AUGGAUAAUAAUAGUGAAAAAAUCAAAACCCCAAUUAGAAUGGCAUCAGAUAAGCCACCUAAUGUUGAUAACAGCAUGUUGGGAAAAAAAGUAAAGAAAGUUAAAAAAGUUAAACCAUUAGAUAAAAAAUAUAAAGGUUUAAAGUGGAAGAAAACAAUUAGAAAAAUCAUAAAAGAAUAUCCAGACCCAUCCAUUCAAGUAUUGGAUGUAAAGAAGAUGGUCAUUCAAACUCAACUUUCAAAAAUCGAAAAGGAUUUAAAUAUAAUAUUUAAUGAAAAGAUUCAAAAACCAAAUAAAUACUACUGUAUUGUUGGAUCUGAAAUUAAAAGAUUGCAAGUAAAUCCAAUCAAAUAG